CGCUGAUUGCAUGAGAGGCAGGGGAACAUCUCUCUUAAAAUGUCGAAGCUCAAUGAUUCUGCCACGUCGCUUCCUCUCCUUCGGUGACAAACGGAUUCAGCAUUCUCGCUGUCCCUCUCUCUCUCUCUAUCCCCUGCCCUCCGCCACUCCACAACAAAUUUCAUUUUCAUCCGCUCCACUAUUAACAGUGCUACCAAUAAAUCACUCUGUUUAGGGUUUCCUGAUUCUGAGAAUGAUGUUCUUUCGGUUUUCAUCAUGAGCUUGGAUUUUUCCUUUUUUCGUUUUCUUGAAAAAUAAGAUACUGAUUUCUUUUUCUGAUUGAUGCAACCAGGAUCUUCAGCGAUCUUAUAUUUGAUCCGAUUCACUGUUCCAUUUUAAACUGAUCGAUCUGUUAUUCUUUGAUUGAUAAUAGUCAUAGUCCUGGAACUUUUAUCUAAUCGAAUAAAGCGUGAAAUUCGUUAAGUAAAAUGCUCGUGGAUCUGCAUCUCGGCAUGUGACUUUGCGGCUCGACGAAUCAACUCUUUUUAGUUACUGGGUUAUUAGCUUCGAUUUUGAGAUCAAUGCAUCUGCUUUAGAUGUUAUGCAACAGUGUCUUGAGGGCUGUAAAUCUUUGGGCGGGACAUAUCAGGAGACACACUGAGGUCACGCAAUUAAGAUAUAUCUGUGGAGGUUCAAAUACCACUGAUCGCUGUACUUAUUUUUGGAACUAUAAGCUUGGAAGAACAAGAACAAUGAUGGUGGAUUGUGGAGCAACUGCUAAAGGACCUGCAGUUGAUAUUUUACCUGAGAAGGAGGAUGACGGUGGCUAUGCUAGCGGAGGAUGGAAGAGUGAAGAUGGAAGAUUAAGUUGUGGAUAUGCCAGUUUUAGAGGAAAAAGGGCUAGCAUGGAGGACUUCUAUGACAUUAAGGCUACCAAAAUUGAUGGGCAGUCAGUCUGCCUCUUUGGGAUAUUUGAUGGUCAUGGCGGCUCUCGUGCUGCUGAAUUUUUGAAGGAACAUCUCUUUGGGAAUCUAAUGAAACAUCCAGAAUUUAUUACAAACACGAAAGUGGCUAUAAGUGAAACAUAUCGGAAGACUGACAAAGACUUUUUGGAUUCUGAAAAGGAGACCUUCCGAGAUGAUGGCUCAACAGCUUCAACAGCAGUUCUGGUUGGCAAUCACCUUUAUGUUGCAAAUGUUGGAGACUCUCGAACUAUUAUAUCAAAGGCUGGAAAAGCAAUUCCACUCUCAGAUGACCACAAACCCAAUAGAAGUGAUGAGAGGAGAAGAAUUGAAAAUGCUGGAGGUGUUGUAAUGUGGGCAGGUACUUGGAGGGUUGGAGGUGUCUUGGCCAUGUCUCGUGCAUUUGGAAAUCGCAUGCUGAAACAAUUCGUUGUAGCUGAACCUGAGAUUCAGGACCAGGAGGUUGAUCAAGAUCUCGAAUUGCUUGUGCUUGCCAGUGAUGGACUUUGGGAUGUCGUACCCAAUGAGGAUGCUGUUUUGAUAGCCCAAACAGAAGAAGAGCCAGUGGCCGCUGCGAGGAAACUGACAGAGACCGCCUUCACUCGUGGUAGUGCGGAUAAUAUCACCUGUAUCGUUGUCAAGUUCCACCAUGAGGAAGCGGAUCCCUGUGAAACUGACCGAGACGCUGAAGUUGAAACCCAGACAAGGAGCAGAGCAGAAGAAUCACAGCCAACAUCCAAAGAAGAAUCCCAGCCUGAGAAAACCCAGAAUAGUUGAUCACUGGUUGGUUGUGAUUUGUUUAUUCAUUGGUUUGUUCGUGUAUUUUGGUUUGUAAGUUGUGGUGGUGCAUGUGUAACUUGAUGCUCAUAAAAAGGUGUUUUCUUUUGGUGAAGUAGUUUUGUUUAAUAAACAAGGUGGUUGGAUUUUUUA